GUAAAUAUAAAACAAGCAAACAGUAGAAAGAAGAAAGUGAAUAGAUAGAAGAGAAUAAAUAAAGGUAGAAGGGUAUAUUGUAUUGAUCGAGAAGGGGGGUUGGGUGGUAUGAUGAUGACGUCAUCUGCUAGUGAGAAACCAUUAGUGGAAUUGACGAAAGGCAUCAAUGGCCUUGAUAAGGUUGUUCUCCGGGAGAUUCGUGGCGCUUCUGCCGAGGUGUAUCUCUAUGGCGGUCAGGUGACGUCUUGGAAGAAUGAUCACAGAGAGGAAUUGCUCUUUGUUAGUAGUAAGGCCAUUUUUAAGCCUCCAAAAGCAAUUCGUGGAGGUAUUCCUAUAUGUUUCCCGCAGUUUGCAAAUCGUGGCUCUCUUGAGGCGCAUGGAUUUGCCCGAAACAGGUUCUGGAGCAUUGACAAAGAUCCGCCUCCAUUUCCAGCAGCUACUUCUUCAAGGGCUUUUGUUGACUUGAUCUUGAAACCCUCUGAGGAGGACUUGAAGAUCUGGCCUCACAGUUUUGAGUUCCGGCUGCGGGUCUCUUUGAGUCCUGCUGGAGAUUUGAUGUUGACGUCUCGUAUUAGAAACACCAGCACUGAUGGAAAGCCUUUCACAUUUACAUUUGCGUAUCACACCUACUUUUCUGUUUCAGAUAUCAGUGAAGUCCGUGUUGAGGGCCUUGAGACACUUGAUUAUCUUGAGAAUAAGGAGAGAUUCACUGAGCAAGGUGAUGCAAUUACUUUUGAGUCUGAAGUGGAUAAAAUAUAUCUCAGUACCCCCACAAAAAUUGCGAUCCUGGAUCAUGAAAAGAAACGAACAUUUGUUAUUCGUAAAGAUGGGUUGCCGGAUGCAGUUGUGUGGAACCCUUGGGACAAGAAGGCAAAGGCCAUGGCUGAUUUUGGAGAUGAAGAGUACAAGCACAUGUUGUGUGUUGAGGCUGCUGCAGUGGAAAAAUCUAUCACUUUGAAACCUGGUGAAGAGUGGAAAGGAAGACAGGAACUUUCUGCUGUUCCUUCAAGUUAUUGCAGUGGCCAGCUUGACCCAAAGAAAGUUCUCCUUGGCAGCUGAGAAAAGCUUUUUGAUGGUUUAUAUCGUGUACAGGUGCUUUGUUGCAAUUUAUGGUUGGAGUGCAACAGUGACCUCUGCCAAAGACCCUUAACUCUUGUCCUUUUUAUGUUUUCCUAUACCUUGGGUUGGAAGGUGAACUUCUUGAGUAGCCAAGUUGUUGAAUAAUACUUCGUUUAAUGGUCAAAUAUUUUGGUAUGAUCUCAGUUUAAGGAAGAUGCGUGGUCUAAGACGGUCAAAGGAAUGAUUAACUGUUGUCAUAAACAAGUAUACUAUGAUUCUUCUGCCAUACUAGUAUAUUGUGGGUUGAAACGCCUUUUUUUUGGGCACUUGAGGCUCCGCAGAAGUUGAUCCAAGUUCUGAAAAUGCUUAAAAAUGUAUAUAGAACACACGACUGGCUUUUAUGUUUCCCAUAUUUGUUGACGUAACGCUACUUUGCUUGGAUCUUAUUUGUUUGCACUUUAAUUUGAUUUUAUUUUGUGAA